AUGGAACAACUGGAAGAUUUAACUUGUCCUGCACCUGAUAAUAGAGGUGUGAUUGUUUCCACAAAAAAGACAAAAACUGAAUGUUAUAAGCCGGCAGAAUCUAUUCACAAAGUCACCCUUUCAAAGGGUACUCGUAGGUCAGCCAAAAGUUUCACCAACGCUUUUACUCGUUGUGGAUAUCGCCCUGAUUUGCGCAAGGUUUGGUAG